GAUGGUUCUGUUAUAUAUGUAGAGUAGAUAGAUAGAUGGCUGGAUAGAUAUGGACCACAUGCAGGGUGAUUUUUGGUUCUCUCUUUUGUGUCUCGUCUCUCUCCCUUUCUUCAGAGACACCCCAAUGGUUGAGUGUAUAUAAAAACAAGCUCACAUUAAUAUAUAAGUUAAAUGUAGUUGUUUUUUGUUGAUGGAUUGAGUGUUUUGUGUGUGUUUAUUUUUAACAAAAGUGAUCCAAAGCAUGCCUGCUUUGGUACGUAAAACUGUGAUUGUGUCUGAAAUCUUUCUAGCCUACUGCUUACUAAAUGUACUAAUCAUACUACAUACGAACAUACUAAUAAAGUGCAGUAUUAACUUGAAACAAAAGGUUAAAGCGACAUUUAUUAACAUACUGGCUCAAACGACAGGAAUGAAGCAGCGGACACUAGCGGCUGUUCGCUCACUGUUUCUGGCGGACGUUUUAUGGUGUUACACAGCAUACCUUCGUCAAACUGCUACACAAUGCUAGCCAGCAGCUAACAAAAUGAGUUUGUUUUUGCCCAAAUUGUCAUGCAAAAAGGACAUAGACGAGGUAAUAAAAACUGUCGCUGAAAAGGUUUUAGUUCUUCGGUUCGGGAGAGACGAAGACUCGGUCUGCCUGCAGCUUGAUGAGAUUGUAAGUAGCUAACGUUAGCAUGUGUCGCUAGCAUGCUAGCUGGGUAGCUAGCUCUACCAACUAAUAAUAAUAUAAUAAUAUUAUUAACUACUGCAAUAUUGUGGCCAGUAAACAUUGAUGCAAGACGGGCAUGUCAGUUGUUAGUAGCAUUUACACCAACACUGUCAAUUACUUUUUUUGCAAAGUUUCAGUCUGUCUGAAUCGGAAUGCCAGUGUUGUCAUUCUUUUGCCAGCUGUCCAAAACGUCCCACGACCUGAGUAACAUGGCUUCAAUCUACAUCGUGGAUGUGGACUCAGCCCCCAUCUACACGAGAUACUUCGACAUCAGCUACAUCCCAUCUACCGUCUUCUUCUUCAACGGACAACACAUGAAGGUUGAUUAUGGGUGAGUGGUGGCAUGUUAGGGUUGACAUGAGGAGAAGGAAGAUAGCCUACGCUGGACUCGGACGCUAGAAUACCACAGGCUGGUUUCAGCUGUAACACUCCCCUUCAGUGGAUAAUCAGGCUUAUAGCUAAAACACUGUUGUCCCUUGUCCCCACACAGGUCUCCAGAUCACACCAAGUUUGUGGGCAGUUUUAAGACCAAGCAGGACUUCGUGGAUCUGAUCGAGGUGAUCUACAGAGGAGCUAUGAGAGGGAAGAUGAUCGUCCAGAGUCCCAUCGACCCUCAGAACAUCCCCAAGUACGACCUGCUCUACCACGGGAUCUAG